AUGCCUCCAAGAAAGAAGUGGCCGUUAAAGCUUUAUUUAUCGGCCGCAGAAGAAUCAAUUGGUAGUAUGCUCGCACAAGACAAUGAACAUGGAAAGGAACAGGCUGUCUACUACCUGAGUAGAGUACUAACUAAUGUAAAAUGCAGAUAUUCCUCAAUUGAGAAGCUUUGUUUGUCUUUGUACUAUUCGGCCAUGAAGUUGAGAGUAUACAUGCGGCCUGUUGAUGUUUACAUUCUUUGUCAGACUAACGUGAUCAAGUAUAUGCUAUCAAGGCCAUUGAUCACUGGCCGAAUAGGUAAGUGGGCUUUGGCUUUGAUGGAAUUCAAUUUUAUCUACGUCCCACAAAAAUCAGUAAAAGGAAGGGUUCUGGCUGAUUUUUUGGCCGAUCAUCCUUCAACUGAUAUUGAUCCAUGGGUUUAUGAUGAAUUGGAGUCAUCAGCUAUAUUCUUAACUCCUUGGAUCUUGAUGUUUGAUGGAUCAAGCAUGGCUGAUGGAGCAGGAGCAGGUAUUGUUAUUAUUUCGCCAGCUGGCAGAAAGGUUUCAUUCUCUUUUUUUUUAGAUUUUAAAUGUUCAAAUAAUCAGGCCGAAUAUGAAGUGCUUAUAAUCGGCCUGGAGAUUUUAAUUGAAAUGGCUGUUAGAGAUGUAAAGAUUUUUGGAGAUUCAAACUUAGUCCUUAGCCAAAUUUCUGAAGAUUUUAAGUGCCUAAGUUGGCAAUUAAGGCCGUUUCAUUCUCUGGCCACUUCAUUAAUUAAUCAAUUUGAUAAUGUUCAACUUAAGUUCUGGCUGAGAGGGCAGAAUAAGGAGGCCAACAGCAUGGCCCAAGCAGCCUCUGGAAUAAGAGUACCAACCGGAAUAGAAGAUCAGUUGAUAAAGAUAACACGAAGAUCUUUGCCAUCGGCCGAAUUGAGAAAUACUAUGUUUGAUACUUGGACAAUUGAUGUAGAAGAUUUGGCCGACGAUGACUGGAGGAUACCAUUUAUAAUGUUUCUUCGAAAUCCAAACAUCAAGGCUGAUAGAAGUAUUAAAAGAAAAGCGAUCAACUUUGUGCUUCUAGAUAGGGAUCUAUACAGAAAAGGGUUAGAAGAUGGGCUCCUACUACAAUGCAUAAGCAAGGAGGAAUCACUUCAGGUUAUGGCCGAGGUACAUGAAGGCAACUGUGGGGCUCACCAAGCUGGGAUUAAAAUGAGAUGGCUGAUUCGCAGGUAUGGAUAUUAUUGGCCGAGGAUAAGAAAAGAUUGCAUAGAUUACUCAAAAGGUUGUCAAGCUUGUCAAAGACACGGGCCGAUUCAAAAUGUACCAGCAAAAGAAUUACAGCCUAUAAUCAAACUUUGGCCAUUCAGAGGUUGGGGCCUUGACCUUAUUGGUAAAAUUAAUCCACCAUCAAGCGAAGGCCAUCACUGGGUGAUUGUUGCCACAGAUUAUUUUACUAAAUGGGUUGAGGCCAAGGCUUGCAAAGCGGUUGAUCAGCAAACAGUGAUUAAUUUCAUGGAACAAAACAUCAUCCACAGAUUUGGGAUUCCAGAAACACUUGUUUCAGACAAUGCAACAGUAUUUAGGGCAACUGAUGUACUACAAUUCGGCCACAACAUGAAUAUUCAUAUGAACUCAAAAAGAACAGGCACAGGAGUUACACCAUACAUGUUAACUUAUGGUCAUGAUGCUGUUUUGCCUAUGGAGAUGAAGGUUAAAUCAGCCAGAGUUGCUUUUCAAAAUAAUCUAACUUCAGCUGAUUAUACUCAAGCAAUGUUGGUAGAAUUGGAAGAUUUGGAUGAAGUUAGAAGGGAUGCCUUGGAUCAUAUCAUAGCUCACAAGAAGAAGGUGAUGAGGAUCUACAACAAGAGGGUAAAACCUAAGUCUUUUGCUGAAGAAGAUUUGGUUUGGAAAGUUGUUUUGCCAGUGGGUAAAGUCGAUAGGAAAUAUGGGAAGUGGUCCCAAAAAUGGGAAGGGCCAUACUUAGUCCAUCAAGUCUUAAGUGGAGGAGCAUAUAGGCUAAAGUAUUUCAGUGGCCGAUUACAUGACUAUCCCAUUAAUGGCAAGUACCUCAAGAGGUACGUACCGGCAAUCUUUGAAAGGGAAAAUUAG